AUGCAUGAAACAGCAUCUGGGUUGCUUUAUGCUAUUUACUACCCAGUUCUCGUCGCUUUUGGUAUUCCUGCUAACAUCGCGGCUAUUAUGAUCCUGUCCCAGGGCAACUGUGCUCUCUCCAAAUGCACCACUUACUACCUCGUGGGCAUGGCAGCGGCGGAUCUACUGAUCGUCAUCACCGGCGUGAUACCGAAUCGCAUUGUCGGUAUUUACUUUCCGGCCAGCUACAUGUCGAUCACUCCGGUAUGCAGCCUCAAAAUUGUUUUAAUCUAUGCAUCCAGAGACAUUUCCGUCUGGUUGACGGUUGCUUUCACCUUUGACCGCGUUGUGGCCAUUUGCUGCCAGAGGGUGGAGGCGAAAUAUUGCACCAAGAAAACGGCGGCUGCGGUUGUGUGGACGGUCUUUGUCCUGAGCUGUUUGCAAAAUACCCCCUGGUAUUUUAAGUUUGAGCCCCUCUAUAUAAUUGACGAGGUGCCCUGGUUUUGCCACACAAAGUUAAUCUUCUAUAGCGCGCCUUUAUGGGUGAUUUAUUCAUCGUUCAACUGCAAAGCAACCCCAUUCCUCCCGUUCUUUCUGCUCCUGCUUCUCAAUGGACUGACUGUAAGAUACAUUGUCGUGGCCAAUCGAAUUCGGAGGGCACUCUGCCACAACAAAAACCUGGAAAAUUUCAAUGACCCUGAACUGCAGAUCCGGAAAAAAUCCAUCGUUUUACUUUUCACCAUAUCGGGCAGCUUUAUAGUCCUGUGGAUGACUUUCAUUGUGCACUUUGUGUACUAUCGGAUCACAUGUACUUAUUCUUACACGGGUUAUGAUGAUCCUAUCUUUAUCCUGCAGGAAGUUGGAUACAUGCUUCUGCUCCUGAACUGUUGCACCAACACGUGUAUUUAUGCAGUAGCGUCGAUCCGCCAGCGGAGGGUGGAGCAGUAUCACUUUAAUCGCAAGGCAGAGAAACAGGCCGAGGAAGAAACGCUUCGAUUCUGA